ACAGUUAUCCAAUCAGAGUAGUUCGCGCCCUCAACUCGCGUGCGCGCCUUUAUCAUAAUCGUAAAAAUGUUUUCAAUACGCCGUUCACUAAACAAUAACAAAAUCACCUACAUAAUGCGCUCCUGGCACAAAACCGAGCCAUAAUAUAACUAAUCUUCGGACUGAGAACACAUAUUGUUGCAUUCCGUAAAAAUAAAUAACAAAACAAGCCGUCCGGUUCCUUCGCAUGUUUGAAGUUGAAAAAUAAACUAUUUAGACACGAGAGUGCAGUCACUUUGAAAAAUGUAUCGUAUUUUAAUAAAAUGGAUUUAUAUGUUUUGAAAUAUUAGUGUUACUAAGUGACAAUAGUUCAGUGAUAGUUGUGUGACUUGUGUGAGGAAAAUAUAUUUGAAUAAAUACAUUUUUGGAACGAAAUAAAAUGGCGAGACGGUGGGUGGCAUUCAUAAUGCUUUACGUGCAUUUAGCGAGUUGCAACAAUGAGAACAGUGUCAAAGAUCCCACGCCAGCUGUCUACGAACCAUCGUGGACAUACAAGUGCGUGCCAGACGAGGGUUGCCAACGAUCACAGUCGCCUGAACCCACGGCAAAUUACACGGGUACUGUGUAUGAGAGCCUGGAUCUGUGCCGGACGGUAUGUGGCAGAUUCGGCGGUAUCUGGCCGCGGCCAGUCACAGCAGCAUUAAGCUCGCAGACCGUGAAGAUACAUCCGAAUUACUUGAGGUUUGAUUUGAUCGAUGCUCCUGUAGAGACGAGAGAACUUUUAGCUAAAAUGACUCAAGUAACGGCAUCAAAUUUAUUAGACGAAUGUGAUGGCAAUGUAACUGAUAUUGUCAAAACUCCAGUUAUUGUCUAUAUCACUAUCAAGACACCGAAUACAGACCUCACCUGGAGUACUGAUGAGUCGUAUAUGCUGGAUGUUCAAAAUAAAGAAGCGAACAUAGCCGUGCACAUAUCAUCCGAAACAGUGUAUGGAACACGAAAUGCAUUGGAGACAUUCACACAACUAGUCACAGCAGAUAAACCAGACUACACAGAUCAUCACAAAUGUGGCCUCCGACUCAUCUCGGGAGCAAAGAUAAGGGACAAACCUGCAUUUCCUCAUAGAGGCUUCAUGUUGGAUACCUCAAGGAAUUUCAUACCGAUAGAAGAUAUAAAGAGAAUGCUUGAUGGUAUGGCUGCCACGAAAAUGAAUGUGUUUCAUUGGCAUGCUACUGAUACUCAUAGUUUUCCGUUGGAGUCAUCGAGAGUUCCGCAAUUCACGAGAUACGGAGCGUAUUCAGCGUACGAGAUUUACACAGCAGAAGAAAUCCGUGAGUUGAUAAAUUACGCACGAGUGAGAGGAAUCAGAGUUGUAAUAGAGAUUGACUCUCCUGCGCACGCUGGGAACGGUUGGCAAUGGGGAAAGGAAUAUGGUUUCGGUGAUCUCGCGGUGUGCGCUAAUAAAAAUCCGUGGAGAUCAUUCUGUAUCCAGCCUCCGUGCGGACAGUUAAAUCCUGCUAAUCCAAACAUGUAUAAAGUUCUCCGAGACCUGUACAAGGAUAUAGCCGAGAUGUUGGCUAAGCCCGCUCUGUUCCACAUGGGAGGGGAUGAGGUAUUUAUCGAAUGUUGGAAUUCGACCCAAGAUAUAGUCACUUAUAUGGAAAAUAAAGGUUACGAGAGAAAUGUGGAGGGUUUCAUUAAGCUAUGGGCAGAGUUCCAUUCAACGGCUCUGCAAAUAUGGGACGAAGAACUGGCAGAAUCCGGACAGAAGGACCAGCCCGUGAUGCUUUGGUCUUCGGAGUUAACACAAGCGCAUCGGAUACAAAAGUACUUAAAUAAGGAUAGAUACGUAAUAGAAGUAUGGGAACCCCUAUCUAGUCCCUUGCUAACCCAGCUCCUCAGACUCGGGUACAGAGCUGUCUCCGUCCCUAAGGACAUUUGGUACUUGGAUCACGGUUACUGGGGGAACACCAAGUACUCAAACUGGAGAAGGAUGUAUUCCAAUAUGUUGCCAGUUGAUACGAACAUGUUGGGUGGGGAGGUUGCCAUGUGGAGUGAAUAUGUGGAUUCACAGGCUUUAGACACCCGAGUAUGGCCGCGGGCCGCAGCUGUGGCUGAGCGGCUUUGGUCCAACCCCAGUUCGAGUGCCAGUGUUGCCGAACCCAGACUUCAGCGGCUGAGAUCUCGACUGGCUGCCAGAGGAAUACCUUCCGAUGUCCUGUCACCAGGCUGGUGUUCACAACAUGAUGCACGGUGUCUGUAGUUAUAUCUGUGUUUGAAGGAAGGAGUUUAAAAAUUGGAACAUUAUAAGAUAAAUAAAAUAUCCCGUUGGGUCUUAGGAAUUAUGUGUUCGUUCAAUGAAGAAUUAAGGGAAUUUUAAACCUCAAAUUAUUCAGGACAAAGUCUAACUUAAAAUGGAUUCUCAUGGCCAAACAUGGCCAAAGUGAUUUAAUUAUUAAUAAUUGAGCGAUUCAAAAUUUGUUUGGAUCUUGAUAACAUUUCUCAUUCAACAUAACUCAACGUAACAAUUAACUAAUUAUUGUUAAUUAGUAGUAGUAUAAUUAAUUAAUUGGUGAAUUAGUUAAUAAUAUAUAUAUUAAUUCCUACUCACGGUUUAAUAGAAGUAGUGGUCCAGGGUUCUGUUAUCGAUGAGAAAAUAUUUGCAAACAUUAAAUGACAUGUCUUUACCCUAUGCCUCAGCAGAGGCUUAUGGAAUGUUACACUAAGAAAGGGUUCUUAAGUUUGAAUCCCGGAAAUAAGGCUUAUCAGAUAUACAUACAAGCGAAACACUAUACUGAAGUAUUUCGCUUUUAAUUCUUUUAUGCAUUUUUUGUAAGCUUUUAAAAAACAUUUAGCAUACUAAAAAUUAAUUAUUUUUAUAAAUAAUUUAAUCCUAUUUAAGAUUGUCUAUGUCAUAGGAUAAUUUAUAUAUAUAUAUAGUUUGAUACUAAAGGAAAACUCAUAACCACACUGCAUCUUCAAUAAGAAUAUUUUGUCAUUUUCGUUACUGAAGGGAAUUAGUUUUAAUGAGUAGAAUUAUAGGGACAAAAACUUACUUCGAUAAAAUUUUGACUGUUCCCUGAGUCAGUUCGAUAAAUCAAAUAAGGUUUUUCAAUAAAUUUGUGGACAGAAAAUUAAUGUGCUUAGAAAUCUAAAGAAAUACACAAAUAUUUUCCGAUUCCAACAACAUUACAUACAGGUCGAAUAACAUCUGGUAGGUAACUCGUAGUCGGAUAAAAUAGCUAUUUGAGACUUUCAGUACGUUUAUUGAGUGUUAAUCCGGAGAAGCGUAACGUGAUAAUAAUCAUAGGAAUGUUAUUAAUCAAAAUUUAGAAGGAAAUUUAAUGCAAACGCGUUUGGUAACAGUUCAACUAUUAACACGUCAAGGUUUUAUAAGAAUUUUUAUAAAAUAAUAUCCCUUAGAUAUGAAAAUAUGAAUAUCGAAGAGACAGAAUUAAGACUGAUGACUGGUGUUAAUUUAUUUUAUAUUGUUUAAACGUCGGUAUUUAAAAUGUACUUUAACGAAAUUUGAUAUGUACAUAUAAUUGUUAAUAUAUUUUAUAUAGAACUCUAACGGAGAUUGUUAUAGUAUUUGUAUUUUGGAAAAAUUGCCGCAUUGGUCUGGUACAAUAUAGUAGUAGUAUUUUGAAAGAUUGCCGCAUUGGUCUAGUACUACAUAUAUAGUAGUAGUAUUUUGAAAAAUUAUCGCAUUGGUCUAGUACUACAUAUAUAGUAGUAGUAUUUUGAAAAAUUAUCGCAUUGAUCUAGUACUACAUCGUAGCUGUAUUUUUGAAAAUGUACCAAUCCAAAGUCUCCUUUCAAAAUAUGUUAAUAAAUUUUUUUUUUAAUUUAAAUAAAGAAAAGGUUAGGUACCCAACAAUACAUCAACCCAUCACUUAAAGCAGCAAUAAAUUUAUCUCUACCACGAGUUAACGUUUACCCUUAUUCAUAAGAGAAAUCAGAGUAAAUACAUUGUAUCAACUAAAAAUCUCAUCUCUUUCAUUCAAAUUGUAUUUACGCUGUGAUAAAAAGAGACAGAUGGGAACUAGUUGAAUCGGUGCAAGAAGACGCAGCUCAUAACGAUUUUUCAUAUAAUUAUAUGGUCCAGACGUUACCAGUAGUACUUACUAUUCAAGCUUCAAAAAGUUAAUUAACGUUAAUAACUUAACUUAGAUAACAUAUUUGUAUGUUAAUUGUUGUGUUAAUCAGUUUUGUAUAUACAUUUUUGUACGAAAAGACAUUAAAUAAAUUAAAACUAAA